UUACCAUUUCAAGCUCGUGGUGUGGCAUCGCUAUCCUGUUUCCCAACAAGCUCUCCUCCUCCCUUUAAAUUCGUUUCCCAAGCCACCUCUCUGCCUCUCCGCUUAUUCCCCAUCGACGUCUCCGCUUGAAUUGAUUGGAGCUCUAACUUCUUAGAAUUUCAUUGAGUUUUAUCAGCAUUGUGUGGAGAUGGAAGCCACUGGUGGAUAAAUAUUGCCUAACUUCAUGGUUGUUUGUGGUCACAGGGAAAUGUGUGGUCCGCUGAACUAUUCUAACAAGUUGAAUCGAAUUCCAAAACACUGUCUGUCAAUUCAUUUGUACAUUUUUCAGAGUAGCGGCUCUGGAAUGGCAUUUGAGACAGCGGCGAAAAAACCUGAGGCUUCAUUGAAAUCUUCACAUAUUCAAGCAUCUUUCAUACCUUUGUCUCUUAAAAUUCCUAUUAAUGAUGCAUAUCAUGAAUCACUAUAUAAACAAAGAGCAUCAUGAACUAUUGCUCUUCAAUAUCUGAUAUUGUUAGAUGCUGUUUGUCAGCAUCAGUUGGAGAUUCUGUUGUUAAGCGAGCAAACUAACUUGGACGGAUCCAUUGAAGUAAUUUCAGUUACCUAGAAAGCUAAGUUAAGGAUGCCUGACCUUGCUAGUGUUAUGAAACGGGUGGCUGAAUCUGAGUUGUGUUUCUCUACUGCUGUUCAACAUAACACAAAAGUUUCUAGCUGGUUAAACCAACAUUCACCACAUGACUCAUUCUGUUCAAUAAUACCUGGUUUACCUGAUGAUGUUGCAAUGUUCUGCCUUGCACUCAUUCCUCGAAAAUACCUCCCUGUUAUGGGUGCUGUUUGUAGGAGAUGGAGGAUGUUCAUUCAAAGCAAGGACUUUAUUCCUGUGAGGAAGGAAACUGGUAUGCUUGAGGAGUGGCUCUAUUUCUUAACUAUUGAUUUAGAUGGUAAAGGGAGCCACUGGGAAGUCAUGAGCUCAUUAGAAGGCAAAACCUGGAUGCUUCCACCAAUGCCAGGUUCAGUAAAAACUGGUUUUGGCACAGUUGUUUUUGAUGGAAAGCUGUUGAUUAUUGGAGGAUUUUCUGUGGAUGGUGGAGUUCAAAGUGCUUCAGCCGAUGUCUAUCAAUAUGAUGCUCGGUUGAACAGGUGGAGCACGCUAGCAAAUAUGAAGGUUGCUCGCUACGAAUUUGCCUGCACAGAACUCAACGGUAUGAUCUACGCGGUAGGCGGCUAUGGAUCCGACGGUGAGAGCCUCUCGAUCGCCGAGGUCUACGACCCCGACACGAACGAAUGGACUCUGAUCGAAAACCUCCGGCGACCCAGAUAUGGUUGCUUCGCCUGUAGCUUCGGGGGCAAGCUCUACGUUAUGGGUGGCCGAUCGACUUUCACCAUAGGCCACCCGAGGUUUGUGGAUGUGUACAACCCCAAGGGGCACUCUUGGUGCGAGAUGAAAAAUGGGGGAUGUGUGAUGGUCGUCGCUCAUGCUGUGCUGGGAAAGCAGCUCUUUUGCCUGGAGUGGAAGAAUCAGAGGAUGCUCGCCAUCUUCGAUCCCGAGGACAACUCUUGGAGGAAGAUUCCGGUGCCACUCACUGGCAGCUCCACGAUUGAUUUUCAGUUUGGGAUUCUGGACGAAAAGCUGCUGCUGUUUUCGCUGGAGGACCAUCCUGGGUAUCAGACGCUGAUUUAUGAUCCAGCUGCUCCUGUGGGAUCGGAGUGGCGAACUUCUUCCUUGAAGCUAUCAGGUCCUUGUCUUUGCACUGCAACCAUUAAAGCUUAGAACUUUAGUUGCUGUUAUUUAUCAUAUUUUAGUUCUGUAAUGUUCGUGUAACAACUGCUCUUAUAUUCCAACCAGCUACUGCCGCUGAUGCUGUACGCAUCAUAUGUGCUGUUGGUGUUCGUGUGCGUUACAUGCUGUAUUGCACAAUGCUCGUUGGUUUCCUUUAUUUUUUAUGACCAUUUUCUGCUUUUUCUAUAAAGAAUAAAGGAAAAUUUGCAUGCAUAUCACACAAUUCUUAUAUAUUUACAUGUCUAACAUCUAAACUUGAAAUUUUCAUAUGUGCCGCUUUACCCAUGCAUAAAUAGGUGUGUUCACUGUUUUAAAGUUAAAAUAAUGGUCUUUUUGAUGUGAUAUGAAAGAUUUGGGUGGUAUGAAUG